AUGUUUGUGGCAAAGUUUUUCGCAGCGGCUGUUGCUGGGCUUAAUCUCUUGGUUGCUGCUCGUACAAUCCCAUCUGAGUUCCAGGAGCUUCAGAGCAGACAAAAUACCCAAUACCAGGGGUAUGGGUUUGUAUACUUUACUGGCGAAGAUCUACCAAACGGGGAACAAAUUUAUUUCGCUGUCAGUCAAGGGAAUGACCCCCUACACUGGAACGUGAUCAACAACGGCUAUGCGGUGCUCAAUGCUACGCUCGGCACAAAGGGGGUUCGUGACCCAUUCAUCAUUCGUUCUCCCCAAAACGACAAAUUCUACCUGAUCGCGACCGACUUGCGGUUCGCAGCCGUAAAUAGCUGGGAUGUUGCAGGUCGCAAAGGAAGCCGCUCGCUGGCCAUUUGGGAGUCACCGGAUUUGAAGACAUGGUCUGCACAGCGCUUGGUGGAGGUCUCGCCUCCCACUGCGGGAAUGUCAUGGGCUCCAGAAGCUGUUUAUGAUGCCAAAGCGGGCCAUUUCAUCGUAUUCUGGGCAAGCAACCUCUUUGCUGCUAGCGAUACGAACCACACCGGAACCUCGUAUUCGCGCAUCAUGUAUGCCAAUACCACUGACUUCAAAACUUUUACCCCUGCGCAAGUCUACAUUGAUACCGGCUCGGCUGUUAUCGACACCAGCGCGAUUUAUGACCAAGCCACCAGUACUGGCACCGCUUCAGCAAAGCAGUCGGGAAUAUCGUGCGUACAAGAAAAGAGCUCAUCGUUCUUCGGGAAAUGGACGACCGUGACGACGGGAAUUGGGAAUGCUGAAAUCGGCCAGAGUGAGGGGCCGACGUGUUUCCUCUCCAACCGAUAUGCAGGUGUUUACCAUCUGUUUAUUGACGAUCUUUCUCCCCGUGGCUAUGUUCCAUUCGAGACUGGAAACAUCACAUCGGGUGUAUGGAAAAAAUCGACAAACUACGCUCUUCCAACGAACCCUCGUCAUGGAACAGUUUUUGGGAUCACCACCAAGGAAAUGCAAAAUCUUUCUGGCCUCUAA